UUUAUACGAGUCAGCCUCACUUCAGAGGACGCGGACAGCAAAGCCGUGCCUGAGGGACCCCCUCCGGACAAAGCGGGGAAGGCAGCAGAGCCACGGGGCUCCCUACACCCGGCUGACCCGCCACGUCCGCGGGUAGGGAUGCCCGGCGGUGCCCCUGGGGAGGGAGACGGCGCCGCGGGCACCCCGCGCCACAGGGGCUGCCUCUCUCCUCUCUCCGCUCGGCCCCGGCCCGGCCUUUCCUGCUGUCCGGCCGCCAUUUUGUGGAGCUGAGGCAGACCCUCAGGCGGGCCGGCCUGCUCCAGGCCCGGCGAGCGCGGCCCUGGCGCGGGAGGCGGCGGCGCAGGUUUGAAUAGCUUGUAAUUAACAUCAUCAUUUGCAAAUGCAAUGGAAGAGGGCAAGACUGAAGAUGUCCAGGAUAUUCUACAACUUAACGUAGGAGGCUGUUUAUACACAGCCAGGCGUGAGUCUUUAUGCCGCUUUAAGGAUUCAAUGCUAGCUUCUAUGUUUAGCGGACGCUUUCCUCUGAAAGUUGAUGAAUCAGGAGCAUGUCUAAUUGAUCGAGAUGGAAGCCUGUUUAAAUAUCUUUUGGACUAUCUUCAUGGAGAAGUUCGGAUUCCUGAAGAUGAACAAAUUCGAAUUGCAUUGCAGGAGGAAGCAGAUUAUUUUGGCAUCCCUUACCCAUACAGUCUGUCUGACCAUUUGGCCAAUGAAAUGGAGACUUAUUCUUUAAGGUCAAAUAUAGAGCUUAAAAAGGCUUUGUUAGAUUUCUGCAAUUCUUAUAAUUUAGUUUGUACCAAGCCUACAGUUUGGGUCCUGCACUAUCUCCACACUUCUGGAGCAAGCUGUGAAAGUAAAAUUAUUGGUGUGUAUGCCACAAGAGCUGAUGGGACUGAUGCAAUUAAUAAGGAGCUAGGAACGAAAAUUCAUAGUAAAAGCAUUUACAAAAGAGAAGUGGGAAAUAACGUCCAAUACAUCUGGAGCUAUUACUCUGUAGCUGAGUUGAAAAAGAUGAUGGAUGCUUUCGAUGCCUGGGAAGGGAGAGGUGUCAGCUACUGGAGAGUGCCUCGGGAGCUGAUUGAAUGUUGGACUCUUGAAGAACGCCCUUUGAAAGGGAGUUUCCAUCAUAUGCUUCCAGUUCAUAAAAGACGAUUAAUCAACUUUACUGAAGAGGAGGACUAUUUACCAUGUAAAGUGGGUCCCAAGCCAAUUAGAUUCUCAGGUCCCUCAACAAGCACCCAUAUCAAAGUCAAGAAUUCAGCUGCAUUAAAGGUAGCUGCUUGCAAUGCUGCUCCUUCUGCAGUGACUCUUAAGCGACCCAACAGCCAAAGUCUGACGCUGCACAAAGUACCUUCUAAAACUCCAUCUGCAACACACACACGUGACUCCCAGGUGCCCUGUGGAAGGCAGGGGGCUGACAACGGGACACCAUCUCAAGCCACUUUCAAGAGCGCAGCCUCUAGGAAGCCCGUAGGCAACCGGGUAGUAAAGCUGAAGCGAACUCCUCUCAUGGCACCAUCUUGGCCACCUUCUUCUGCGUCCAGUAAAACAAAGGAAGAGGACAGAGCUGCUGUUGAAACUCCUGCUACUUCUAUGGUACUAAACAAGAAAGAACCAGCUGUAUUAGCAGAGAGUAUUAAGCUUAAGAAUGAUCAAGUGGAUGGAUAACGCCUGACUCAGCCUGACAGACUGGAUAGCUUUGCAUCAUUUGGUCAAAGAAGAGAUCAUCAUCUCAUGUGGUCAUUUAUUCAAAUUCAAUUCAUUCAACGAUGAUGAAAAAGUUCGUGAAAAGCAUAGGGAUAAAUUGUUUUAAGUGAGCACUGCAGUGUGUUUUCUGCUUUAUUUCUAGGUAUAUUUUAGAUGUUGGGAAGGGAGAAAGAAAAAUUGAUUGAAGAAACCCUCGAACACAGGGCACGUGCAGUCUAACACUACAGCAUCUCACCUUUGUAUUUCUGUCAGGCUACACCAGUAGAACUGACCUUUUUAAAGGGAGCAUGUGCACAGCAAAGAAGACUCUUUACCAACUUUAACUAACUCUAGUUAAUGUUAACUGUGAUUUCCUCUAUCUGCAUAUUUAAAGUGAGGGAAAAUAGGUAACAAUAAGUAGCUUUUAUUAGAUAAAAGUUUGCCACAAGUGUGCAACAUACAGAGUACUGUGCAGAUUCCCUAAGUUGAAUGCACUUACUGGUACUUAUGGUGAAGAUAUUUUCUUAUUAAGAGCAAUUAAGGGAACCACCGUUGCUUGUACGCAGUGAGAAAACUCAGCAAUACAGGAAGGGAAAGGGGUGCCUGGGGAGAAAACAAAUUUUCCAUUGACCCGAGGCAUAUGGGUACUAUUUUCCUAACGUGGUGUGACCUGGAGGGGACAACAAAGCAGUUAACAAAGGUGAACUGAUUUGAAGAAAGGUAAAAGAACCCCUCCUUCCCCCAGAGCAGGACAGAGGAGACCUUCUUGUACGAGGGUAAAUUUCGAGUAAUGAUACUGUGUUGAAGAGCUGCUGUAUGUUUUUAUCAGCAGAGGAAAGCCAAGUUUGGCUCACUGAUUUUAAAAAGGCCUUUUAGUUGUUUGAAUCAGUGAACAAAACCUGGCUUUGUUUUUGUGCCCUUGCCUGCUUACAGCUGGGUGCUGGGGUUUUUUGUUGGUUUUGCUACUGCUUUUGCUUUUCCAGCACAGUAAAUACUGCUGUUCCUAAACGCUGAGAAGUCCUAUCACGUUGCCAAAUGCAAUGUUCUUAAAAUUCCUGAGACUAUUAGAAUUAUAGAAGGGUUCUUUAAAUGUUUUAUUUUCUAGAUCAUUUAGAAGCAAUCACAUUUUCAGGCUUUUCUCCUAACCACUAGGACUUGAAACGUUUGCACAAGUGAAAACCCCAAAUUUUCAUGUACUAACAUAUUUUUAGAGGAGACCCUUUGCCAUUUACAGCAGUCACUGUAAAGGUGUGCAAUACUGUAAUUUUCUGCUAUUGGUGUGUAUAUUGAAGACCAGCUUACCUUUAGAAUCUUUAAACUAAUGUUUUUUCUUAAAAAAUAAACCUAAAAAAGCAACAA